UUUCCACGUAUGUCGGUGAUGUAUAUUAUACACUAGGCAAUCCGAAUCCCCUUAGGCGACACAUCACACGGACAUGUCAGAUGACGGUAAUGCAUGACGUGGUCCCGCGACGGAUCACAUCCAAUGGUGGCCCACCAAGAUCAACGGCCCUAAAUAAUACAGUCCAGCUAAUCAAAGAGUUCACAACCGCUUUAAAGGUCUCAAACGGAUUCCAGCUGUUACUUGUGUUCCCGAGAGCACUUUACCUUUAUCGCACCUCUCACUUCUGUCGAAACCGCGUUUGUCGGCCCGCCCGUUGUUAUAACCGUUUUUCAAAAACCUCCCAACGGAAAACCCGCGAAAUUCAUUCCCCUUCCAUCCCCUGCAACCGAAAAACCUGCGAAAGAAAUCGCACUCUCACGAAACAACAAAAAUACCAAAAAAAAAAAAAUUUAAAAUUAAAAAAAAAAAAAAAAAAAAAAAUCCCCCUUUUUUCUGAUGCAUGAAAUUCUUAGGAUUUUGGGUUCUUCCCCUUUCAACCUCUCCUCCGAAGAAAUGCCAUUUCCCAUUCUCUCCCUCUGAAAAUCCAAAAAUACCAAUCUAGUCCUUUCACAUCCAAGAGAGAUGGAGGGAGAGGGAGGAGGAGAGCCAGUGGAUAAGGUUGGGAUGGCCCAAGAAGAGAGCAAUGUGAUUCAGGGGCUGAUCGAUGUGAUUGAGGCCGUUGGAUCAUUUGCGGAUUUCCGACGGACCCAGAGGAAGGAGUGUUCCAAUCUGGUGAGAAGGAUGAAUCUGUUGGCGCCGAUGUUGGAAGAGGUGAGGGAGUUCGAAGGGCAGCUGCCUCCAGAGGCUGAGAAGUGUCUGGAUGAUCUGAAGAAGGUCUUCGUGUUGUCCAAGAAGCUUUUGAUUACUUGUCAUGAGGGGAGCAAGAUUUAUCUGGCAUUGGAGAGUGAAGCGGUGAUGGGUAGAUUCCAUGCUGUUUAUGAAAAAAUGAGUCAGGCUUUGGAUUGUAUGCCUUACAAUGAGAUUGGGAUCUCUGAUGAAGUGAGAGAGCAAGUUGAGCUAAUGCAUGAGCAACUCAAAAGAGCGAAGCGGCGAGCGGAUACUCAAGAUAUAGAGCUUGCAAUGGAUAUGAUGGUUGUAUUUUCUAAAAAAGAUGAUCGAAAUGCAGACACCGCCAUACUGGAACGGUUAGCGAAGAAGCUAGAGCUGCAUACUAUCCCAGAGUUGCGAGAUGAAACACUAGCUGUAAGAAAACUCAUCAAAGAAAGGGGCAGACAGAAUGUUGAAACCACCCAACAGAUCAUAGACCUCCUGAACAAAUUCAAACAGAUUGCUGGGAUUGACGAGACAAACAAGCUAGAUGAUGUUACUUGGCAGAAAUGUUUUAAUAAGUGCCCAUCUUUGGUGAUCCCAAAUGAUUUCCUUUGUCCAAUCUCACUGGAACUCAUGACGGAUCCUGUUAUCAUCGCGACCGGUCAGACAUACGAAAGAUCGAGCAUACAGAAGUGGCUGGAUUCCAAUCACCGGACCUGUCCAAACACUCGACAGAUAUUGUCCCAUCUCUCGCUAGCACCAAACUAUGCCCUCCGCAACUUAAUUUUGCAGUGGUGUGAGAAGAACAAUGUCGAAUUGCCGAAAAAGGACAGUUGUGCCAGCUCAGACGACUCUGAACACAAAGAGGAGAUUUCUACAUUGGUUGCAAACCUGUCAUCAGGUCAGCUCGAUGUGCAGCAAAUGGCAGUCAAGAAAAUCCGUCUGCUUUCCAAAGAAAAUACUGAUAAUAGGAUCGCCAUUGCUAGUUGUGGUGCAAUUCCACCUCUGGUCCACCUGCUGUCCUACCCAGAUUCCAAGAUCCAAGAACACACAGUAACCGCUCUGUUAAAUCUAUCGAUUGAUGAAGGAAACAAGAGACCGAUUGCCAAAGAAGGAGCCAUUCCCGCUAUAAUCGAAGUUUUGAAAAAUGGAACUAUCGAGGCCAGAGAGAACUCUGCUGCGGCGUUAUUCAGUCUAUCUAUGCUUGAUGAGAACAAAGUGAUGGUGGGGUCCUUGAAUGGAAUCCCACCAUUGGUUGAUCUCUUAAAUAAUGGGACCAUCAGAGGUAAGAAGGAUGCAGCGACUGCCCUCUUUAACUUAUCUCUCAACAAUGCAAACAAGGCCAGAGCGAUCGAGGCCGGCAUUGUCCCACCUCUACUCCAACUGCUUGGUGAUAAGCAAUUAGGUAUGAUCGACGAGGCUCUAUCAAUUUUGCUUCUUCUCGCAUCGCAUCCUGAAGGACGCAACUCGCUAGGACAGCUGUCGCUCAUUGAAGUGCUCGUGAAUUUCAUCAAAGAUGGGACGCCCAAGAACAAGGAGUGUGCGCUUUCCGUUCUGCUCGAGUUGGGAUUGAGUAAUUCAUCUUUCAUAUUGGUUGCACUCCAGUUCGGUGUCUAUGAUCAUUUGGUUGAUGUGGCGAAGAGCGGAACUAGUAGAGCUCGAAGGAAGGCUAGCUCCCUCCUGCAGCAUAUGAGCAACUGCGAGCAGGUUCCAUGAAAUUCGAAGUAUUAGAUCUCCGGGUUUUCUACACCUGCACUCCACAGGCACCUCUACACGGGGGAUCUGAAUCGUGGAUCAGGUGGGCCCAACAUGUUGAUGACAUGGUGAAAUCAGGCCAGUUAACUGAUCAUAUUUGAGCCAGCAUUCGACAUUUAACAUACACAUGCAGCCUACCUGAUGAGUGGAAUGUCCUGAUCUUUGGGCUAUCUCAGCUAUGCAGUGGGGCCCACCGCCCACCUAAUGUAUGUGUUGAGAUGCCGCACAGGUGUGGGGGUGAGUGUGAGCUUAGCAGAACUUCAGACUGUCAGAUUGUUAUGGUAUUCAUUCAACCAGAUAGUCAGAAUAUACACUGAAAUUCUCAAUGUGUGAUUCUCUUAAGUGAUUUUCCUACCUCCUACUCUGUAGCUUCAUGCUAUAUAAUGUAUUGGAUGAAAAUAUCUGGUGUAAACCCAAUCCCUGACUUCUUAAUAGUGAUUUUUAAUAGUGGCAUAGUUCUUGAAUUCUA